UAUUGAGCUGCACUGAUUAGGUAUUAAACUGAAAGCAGCAGCAGCAUUUUAUCCUGGAAGGAUACAAGACAUAACCUGCCGUUCCAUGAUUUAGCUUCCACGCAGGCGCCUAAGACAGUCUGCAUAGCCGUUUUGCGUCAACACGUAGUUGACUCGCUUAGAUCACUUUCGUCAAAGUUCAGGAGCUGCGAAGGUCAAGCGAUCGAACCCGAAUUACCCUUUCGCCGCCUUGUCUUCCCAAAACCUUAUAAAAUUCUUUGACUACCGAAUAGCGGGUGAUUAUGGCGACGCCUGGGGACGCCGCGUUGCCCAUGGAGCCCCCAGCUCCGUCUCACAACAUAGCUCUGUUCUUCCAUGGAUUCUUCAAGGUGGUAGCUGUCGUCUGGUACUGGAUAUGCACCAUUGUCAGCAACUCCUUCAUCAUCAAUUUCGUAGUGUGCAUUGUCCUGUUGGCGCUCGACUUCUGGACGACAAAGAACAUCACCGGCCGCUACCUAGUGGGCUUACGAUGGUGGAACGAAGCAAACGACACUGGGUCCGCUUGGAGGUUUGAAAUGCUACCAGAGGGCACGCGGACCGUGUUGCCUCGUGAGAAGCGGCUGUUCUGGACAGCCAUGAUGGCGGCAACCGGGCACUGGAUCCUGGCAACCGUCAUUGCCGUAUUCGGCCUGUCGUCGUACAUCAUUGUGUCCAUCAUGGGGCUGCUUUUCAGCGGCAGCAACCUGUGGGGCUACUUCAAGUGCAGUCGGGAGGCGCAGGCGGACCUGAAGGGCUACAUUAACAACACCUCCAAUUCCCUCAUGCAGGGAGCCAUCAAGCAGCAACUCAACCAAGCGGUUAACCGGGUUUAAAGGGGGGGUCGUAAACCGGGUUUAGGGUUGGGUUAGAAGUUGCCUUAGCCGGCGUCUUGGUCGUCUGCUGCGGGUGUGCGUUGCCAACGCAGCAGGGGGUUUUGCAGCAGGGCUUGAACUGGGUGUUGCGGCCCUAUUAGCUGCCGGGAGGUUUCCGGUUGGUGUCGUUAUGCAGGUAUGGAAAGGGGGUUCAUGAGUAGGCAGAGGUAGGAGGCGAUUCAGACGAGCUGCCUGUUCCCUGGAGACGCAACUGAUGCGGCUGUGUGGAUGGUAACAUUUCGGAUGUUAACUCAUCGUACACUAACU